CCUCCCUCCCGUGCGGGGAACUUGCGGGUGCUCCCGGUCUGUGACGUAGUAGCUUGUUCCGGCUGCCCCGCUCCGCUCCCGUUUCCGUGACUUCCAGCCCUACCGGCCCCGGCUCUGCCGGAGCCCGCUGCCCUCCACCUCAUCAGCAGAGGCCUCCCGUCGGACCCAGAACGACUCUCGGUGCGGUGUCGUGGCCCCGCGCGUGCACGCUCCUGCGGUGGCGGCCCGCGCUUUGCUUAGCCCUUGGCGUUCACCUCCGGCCUCCCUGCGGGGCCACACCGGACCCUUGGAGAGCACGAUACGAAACUGUACGGUGUCAUGAGCAAACGUAGGCAGAACAGCUUAGGGACACUGCGGUGUCCCAUUUUCCAGAACCUACAAAGUUUAAUUUUUCUGUUUGGGAGAGAGCCUAUUACCUUAGGCGUUUUUAAAGUUUAAAACCCCUCUAACCUUUUCUUCCCAUUUCUCUGUCUUUUAAAGUCAGUCGCCUGCCUCACUUGUACAAGAACAUCAGCCAUCUCUUCGAUGUGGGCUAGAUGGCAUGAGGUCGCUGUCUGUACCUGUGGGUGAAUUAUUUUGGAUCAGGUUUAAUUAAAGUGGCUCUGACACAGUUAGGUCUAAGGUUUGCUCACUAGUAUCACUUGCUAAUAUUUGUAAUGUGUAGUCCAAAUACGUCUUAGAUUGUUUGGCUCGAGGCAGGAGACGUGAAGGGAUUUCUUGUGUUUUUUUUUUUAAAAACUUGCCUUGAUUGAAUGAGAGACCCAUUUAAAUCUUUUCCACUAUAAGUUCAUUUAAUAUAACAUGAGAACUCUUAGUACCAGCGAUGAGCUCUGUCUUCUUUGACCAGUAAUACUGUAAUUAAGUGAGGUAUGUGCUUCAUGUAAUUGUAUUCUGUGAUAUCUCAUCACUGCAAGUGUCAAGUGUUAGUAAAAAUUGGGGCUCACUCCCAAGUGGAUUGUGGCUUAUUUGGUGUCCCCUGUUGCUUUCCUUUGGUCUUUCCGUUCUGGUCUUUGGUUUUAAUUUCUUUGUUCUUGUGGUUGGCAUUCACAUUGCUGUUCUUCGUGUUGAUAUGGAAAUAACUUCUAAAAUUUCAUUUCCAUCUGACGAGCUCUGUUCAGCCAUAGUCUCCAGGGCCAGAAAAGGCCUGCUUUUCAGGAUCGUGUGUUGUGACAGCAGUGAAAUCCUAAAUAUCAAACUUCCCAAACUUCUUUAGGUACUCUAGCUUUAUGAGUAUUUUCCUGUGUAUAGAUGCACAUACAAAUAGUUCCAGAAACCACAAAGUCCUUGUUGCUCUAAAACACCAGAUUUCUGCCUGAGGAAUGGAUUUUAAUAAUUUGGUACCUCUCUUUAAAGGGGGCUGACUCCUGGUCCUAAGUGUGUGUGUGUGUGUGUGUGUGUGUGUGUGUGUGUGUGUGUGUUUAGAAACAGGUAGCAGUGUGAGGCCUGUCUUAUUUCGUUGAUUUGUGUUCCCCUUGCUGGAUUAUUUAUGUUUCUGGUGGGAUCAGUGAAAACUCAGUGGGCUUUUUCUGGGCAUGCUAUCACUGUGUGUGUGUGUGUGUGUGUGUGUGUGUGUGUGUGUGUGUUUUACUGCUCCAUUUUUCGUUGUGAAGAAUGAUCAUUUCUCCUGCCGUUCACGUAUUGGGAAGGGAUCUGUGCCUGCGUGAAAUUUAACACUCCGAUGACACUUUUCUCUGGCAGCACUUUCUCUCACAAGCUGUCCUCCCGUAUCACUUCCCAGUAAAGAGGUGAUCUGGUUUUAUAACCUUAGAUUUCUUCAAGGUGAGGCUUCAUGUAAAAUAAAUUCGGUGACUGUGGAAACCCUUCUGUGUUCUCUUCAUAGACUUGGCAGAAGAAAGGUGUCAUUUAAGUAGCUUUGCAGCAUAGUUUUUUAAAAGACAGUGGUAAGCGUUUGACUUGUAUUUUGUUCUUAGAAGAAGAAAUGUUCUUCUAAGAAGAAAAUGUUCUUAGUAGAAGGUUAGGCUGUAGACCACGCUCCUGCCUGAAGAGUUGGAGAAAUGUAGGGGGUUGGGGAGGAGCCUGGGGAGGACGGGCCGCGAGUGAGGAGGAUGGUCUGCGGCAGGAGCGGGGUCCCUCCUCCCAUCUGGCCGCCAGGGUGGGCAGUGUUCCUGGCCUUGCCCGCCACGCCCCUUCUUCUCCGUGUACUUUCUUAUCUUUGACGCCGGCUUCAAUCUCCUUUUCCCCGGGAAGAAGUGAGCAGUAGCUAAAGAAGGAAACGGUAAGGUGUCGCGCGCCCGUGCACGUCUGUCUCGCGUCCUCACUGGGCAUCUUUGGGCCCUGGCCCCCGCCCGGCUCGCUGUGUUUUGCAGGCCGCCAGGGCGCCCCGAGUGACCGCCGCCCGCUCGACCGUGGUUCUGUGCUGCAGAUGGCGUGUAGGACUCACUUGUCUGGGCCGCAGUGAGAGGCGCCUGAGGCCCAAGAUGGAGAAGAAACGAAGAAAGAAAUGAAAGCCUCUUUUCAGGCCAAACCACAAAAGGCCAUGAAAUUUAACUUUUAUUUACGUCGGACAAGACUGUAAAACGGCCGAUCAAUGUUUCGGCUCUUCGCCGAGACAAAAAUUGACUAAUAAUCCAGGAAGAAAAAAGUGCGAUUUGAAUAUAUGAGGUUUUAUGACCAUAGUCACUUAUGACCAUGAAGCUUGUCAACAUCUGGCUGCUUCUGCUAGUGGUUUUGCUCUGUGGGAAGAGACAUCUGGGUGACAGACUGGAGAAGAAGGCUGCUGAAAAGGCCCCGUGCCCUGGCUGUUCCCACCUGACUUUGAAGGUGGAAUUCUCCUCAACGGUCGUGGAAUAUGAAUAUAUUGUGGCUUUCAAUGGAUACUUCACAGCCAAAGCUAGAAAUUCUUUUAUUUCAAGCGCCCUGAAGAGCAGUGAAAUAGACAACUGGAGAAUCAUUCCUCGAAACAACCCAUCCAGUGACUACCCUAGUGAUUUUGAGGUGAUUCAGAUAAAAGAAAAACAGAAAGCGGGGCUGCUAACCCUUGAAGAUCAUCCCAACAUCAAACGGGUGACACCCCAGCGGAAAGUCUUUCGUUCGCUCAAGUACGCGGAGUCGCCCUGUAACGAGACCCGGUGGAGCCGCAAGUGGCAGUCGUCCCGGCCCCUGCGCAGAGCCAGCCUGUCCCUGGGCUCCGGGUUCUGGCACGCCACGGGAAGGCAUUCGAGCCGGCGGCUGCUGAGGGCCAUCCCGCGCCAGGUGGCCCAGACCCUGCAGGCGGACGUGCUGUGGCAGAUGGGCUACACAGGCGCUAACGUGAGGGUUGCCGUUUUUGACACUGGGCUCAGCGAGAAGCACCCCCACUUCAAAAACGUGAAGGAGAGAACCAACUGGACCAACGAGCGAACACUGGACGACGGGCUGGGCCACGGCACGUUUGUGGCAGGCGUGAUAGCCAGCAUGCGGGAAUGCCAGGGCUUUGCUCCGGAUGCAGAACUUCAUAUUUUCAGGGUCUUUACCAAUAACCAGGUAUCCUACACCUCCUGGUUCCUGGACGCCUUCAACUACGCCAUCCUGAAGAAGGUGGAUGUGCUGAACCUCAGCAUCGGCGGCCCCGACUUCAUGGACCAUCCCUUCGUCGACAAGGUGUGGGAAUUAACGGCUAACAACGUAAUCAUGGUUUCUGCUAUUGGCAACGACGGGCCUCUAUACGGCACUCUGAAUAACCCUGCUGACCAAAUGGACGUGAUUGGAGUGGGCGGCAUUGACUUUGAGGAUAACAUCGCCCGCUUCUCUUCAAGGGGAAUGACGACCUGGGAACUCCCAGGAGGCUACGGCCGUGUGAAGCCCGAUAUUGUUACCUACGGUGCCGGAGUGAGGGGAUCCGGUGUGAAGGGGGGCUGCCGAGCCCUGUCGGGGACCAGCGUGGCCUCUCCGGUGGUCGCCGGGGCGGUCACCUUAUUGGUAAGCACAGUCCAGAAGCGAGAGCUCGUGAACCCGGCCAGCAUGAAGCAGGCCCUCAUCGCGUCCGCCCGGAGGCUUCCAGGUGUCAACAUGUUCGAGCAAGGCCAUGGCAAGCUGGAUCUGCUCAGAGCCUAUCAGAUUCUCAACAGCUACAAACCGCAGGCAAGUCUGAGCCCCAGCUACAUAGAUCUGACUGAGUGUCCCUACAUGUGGCCGUACUGCUCCCAGCCCAUCUACUAUGGAGGGAUGCCGACGAUCGUCAACAUCACCAUCCUCAACGGCAUGGGCGUCACGGGAAGAAUUGUAGACAAGCCUGACUGGCAGCCCUACUUACCGCAGAACGGGGACAACAUCGAAGUGGCUUUCUCAUACUCCUCGGUGUUAUGGCCUUGGUCAGGCUACCUGGCCGUUUCCAUUUCUGUCACCAAGAAAGCGGCCUCGUGGGAAGGCAUCGCGCAGGGGCACGUCAUGGUCACCGUCGCUUCCCCGGCGGAGGUGGAAUCAAAAAGUGGUGCAGAGCAGACGUCAACCGUGAAGCUCCCGAUCAAGGUGAAGAUCAUUCCUGCUCCCGCCCGGAGCAAGAGGGUUCUCUGGGACCAGUACCACAACCUCCGCUACCCGCCCGGCUAUUUCCCCAGGGACAACCUUCGGAUGAAGAAUGACCCUCUGGACUGGAACGGUGACCACAUCCACACCAACUUCAGGGACAUGUACCAGCACCUGAGGAGCAUGGGCUACUUCAUCGAAGUCCUCGGCUCCCCCUUCACGUGCUUCGACGCCAGUCAGUAUGGAACCUUGCUCAUGGUGGACAGCGAAGAGGAGUACUUCCCCGAGGAGGUGGCAAAACUGAGGAGGGACGUGGACAACGGCCUUUCGCUCAUCGUCUUCAGCGAUUGGUACAACACGUCCGUCAUGAGAAAAGUCAAGUUUUACGAUGAAAACACAAGGCAGUGGUGGAUGCCGGACACCGGAGGGGCUAACGUCCCUGCUCUGAACGAACUCCUGUCUGUCUGGAACAUGGGGUUCAGCGAUGGCCUGUAUGAAGGGGAUUUUACCUUAGCAAACCAUGACAUGUAUUACGCAUCAGGAUGCAGCAUCGCUAAGUUUCCAGAAGAUGGCAUAGUGAUCACACAGACUUUCAAAGACCAAGGAUUGGAGGUCUUAAAGCAGGAAACAGCCGUGGUCGAAAACGUCCCCAUUUUGGGACUUUAUCAGAUUCCAGCGGAGGGUGGAGGCCGGAUUGUGCUGUACGGAGACUCCAACUGCUUGGAUGACAGUCACCGACAGAAGGACUGCUUCUGGCUCCUGGAUGCGCUCCUCCAGUACACGUCGUACGGGGUGACCCCUCCCAGCCUCAGCCAUUCCGGGAACCGGCAGCGGCCUCCCAGCGGAGCCGGCUCGGUCACCCCAGAGAGGAUGGAAGGGAACCACCUGCACCGGUACUCCAAGGUCCUCGAGGCCCGUCUGGGAGGCCCGGAGCCUCGGGCUCUACCGGCCUGUCCACACCUGUCAUGGGCCAAGCCACAGCCUUUGAACGAGACCGCUCCCAGUAAUCUUUGGAAACAUCAGAAGCUGCUCUCCAUCGACCUGGACAAAGUGGUAUUACCCAACUUUCGAUCGAACCGCCCUCAAGUGAGACCCUUGUCCCCCGGAGAGAGCAGUGCUUGGGACAUUCCUGGAGGGAUCAUGCCCGGCCGCUACAACCAGGAGGUGGGCCAGACCAUUCCCGUCUUCGCCUUCCUGGGAGCCAUGGUGGUCCUGGCCUUCUUUGUGGUGCAAAUCAACAAAGCCAAGAGCAGGCCGAAGCGCAGGAAGCCCCGGGUGAAGCGCCCCCAGCUCAUGCAGCAGGCGCACCCACCAAAGACCCCUUCGGUGUGACGUCACACCCGCCGACCGUGACAGCCAAAGAGCGCCUUCGAGGACGGCCGCGACGCGCGGGCGGGCUCGCUGUCCCCAGGGGCUGAUCCUGUGUCCAGCUGCGGCGUCCGUGGGUCCAUCCUCAGUGGGCCACCCGCGUGCAGGUGCGUGUCGCGGUGGCCGGGGCACGAGGGGCUUGCGGCCCCGCCUCCGGGGAGGCCUCACGCGGUCGCCGUGCACCGAGAGGGAGGCCACGUUUACACAGGUGAAGGCUGCAGCCAAGCGGAACUGUGUUCGUGCAAGGGCGUUUUCUAUAUUUAUUGUUGGGAAAAGUCACUUUAAAGGCUCGCGCUGUUUGGAAACAAAGCUAUUUUUUUUGUCCGUGGAAUGCGGUUUUUUUACUGUCGCAUCAUGAGGAAUAACACAGAUUCCGUGAUCUCCUUUUCGAUGGAAGGACAGACUGAGAUUGGAAGGAAACUCGCACAAAUCUGUGAAACACAGACCUUGGCUUUAUUUUUAUAAGUAUCAAUUGCCAUCCUGUUUUGUAAGUUGGGGUCUCGAUUUCACCAUUGUCGGUGAAGAAAAUUUUCAAUAAAUACGCAUUACCUGUAUGAAGCUAAGUAGAA